AAAGACGACGAAGCAAAAGCACAGUCGUUGCGUUUGAGCUUGAGGUCGAGGAUGGGCGAAGGGAGGGCCAAGGUUCAAGCUCUGCUGCUCGCGGUUCUCGUCCUCGUGAUGAGCUGCUCGGCGGUCCCCUCUGCCUCCAGCGCCAACUGCAUUCCGAGGAGGCUGCUAGCGGUGUCAGGGUCGUCCUACCGGCGAGCGCCGUGCAACAACGACCUGAUCGACCGGCCGACACCAAGCGGCAGCGACGACGACGACCACCGGGAAAUCAUCGCGGGGUCCAGGACCUCGCGGUGGAUACCGCCGCCUCCAAGGGGAGGACUCGAAAGGGCGGCGGGAAUAGUCAGGCCCACUCCCCCGGGGAGCAUCAACUAGAGCUGGUGACACUUACUUAUGGAGUGUUUGGUCGACAGAGUUAAUUCGUUCUGAAUAAAUUAAUCUAUGCAUAGACCACUUGAAAGCAGUUAAGAAGACUCUCAGAUAUUUACAAGCAAUAGCAAAUCUUGUACUUACAUAUAGAAGAUUUAGUUCCCUUGAACUAGUUGGGUAUUCAUAUGAUGAUUGAUCAUUGUGUUGAUA